AAUAUGUCACGGAAAGGUCCAAGGUGACCCAAUAAGGAUAAAAAGCCAAGACAGAGAGUUAAACUUCACAGAAACGAAGACAACUUUGGAAUGAAACUCUUCUAUUUGGGGAACAAUCCUACUCAUAAAAAUUUGUUUAAGAGAAGAAAAGAGUCAAAAUAAGGCUCUGAGAAAGCAGAAGGAAAGCUUAAACAGGUCACAAGAGUUAUGGAUGAGUAAUGUAAUAGCUUCGAGUGAAGAUCCGUACCAAAGUACUUUCGAUAACUCUCCUUCGAAGAAAAGUCGGUUAGAAAAACACUGGGUUCCAUGCCUCUACAGACCUCAGACAGUAGGAAGUCUUCGCAAAAGCUAUUCCAAGAUUUUAAGAAUGAAUUCUCUUGAGAAAGCUAAAUACUUUGCACUAGGCCAGAAUUUAUCAACAGUAAUUGAAAAAGAACAUAUUAAGGAUAAGUCACAACAAGAAUUCAAGGGGCAUAUUAAGGGGAAGUUCAAAAAGAAAUUGAAGAACCUAGCCAGAAUGUCACCAAAAUAAAGCAUCUAUGAAGGAUUCCUCAAGCUUAAUACAAAACCCAAAAGCUGGUCCUAAACCAACCAACACCAAAGCCAGCCGUCCAACUAUUUAAACCCAAAAACCCACCCAAAAACCCACCUAAAGAUCCCAAACAAAGAUCCUAUUCUUCCGCACUUUCAUUCAUAAAGUUCCAGAGAAGGAUACCAAGAGUUUUAAAAAAACAGAUGGACAGAAGUUUGGAGAACUGAGGUCAAGAGGAUAUCAAGUCAAGAAAAAGUGUGUUUAGAGAUUGGAUGAGGCAGGAACGGAGAGGCAACUGCGGCUUGCUAGAGUAUAAUACAACCAAUCACGGGUUAAAAGAGCCUACAGGGUCAUCUGUGGACUAUAUUACAUCAAAUGAUGGUAUACAACCGAUUUUGACAAGAUCUACAGAUCUUCAAAAGCAGAAAAAAUUGUCAGUGAAAUUUGCAGUGGAUGAGUCUAGGUUUGAAAAUAAUUUCCUAAAGGAUAAUCAGAGAAGAGAAAAUGGAACAUUAUAG